AUGGAUAGCAAAAGUAGCAGCGGUGGUAGCAAAAGCAACAACGGCAGCGCUGGCCAAGCUCAUAACUCCACAAGAAGUGGUAGCAAUAGCUCUGAGAAGAUGGUUGCUCCGGGGAGUGGAGGAGCUGCUCAUAUCUCUCGAGAUGCAUUUGAGAGUAAUCCUCAGGGUUAUUUUGCUAACCUCCAUGCAGCUGAAAAGAGUCAAAAGUAG